AUGGAUACUUUCAGUGAGAAGGUAUCUACUCCCAGCCGGUUCUCCAUGUUCCAGCAACGGGGACCGGACGUCUCUCGUUUUCGCCAGUUUCUUAAUUUCAUGGGAUGCAUUAUUGUGCUCCCUAUCUACUCUGUCAUCACCGCAUAUACCCGUCACCCGUUGACGCUAGACGUUCUGUUGACUAUCUUUGCUGCCGAGUACAAUCGUUUCACAAAUGAGACCCGCCGCCGAAAAUUACAGGGACCUUCGCGGACCGUUCAAGAUCCCGAGAAAGCCAGCUAUUUAUCCGCGAGUCCUGAUCGAGUCACCGAAUGCAUGGCCGCUAUAGUGGGAUACCGCGAGGACCCAGAGUUGUUCGCCCGUGCUUUGGAUAGCUACAAGCUUGCGGCGGAGUGCCGUUUCAUCCUUGUGGGCAUCGAUGGGGACGAUGUACCCGACAUGGAGAUGGUUCGGGUUUUCCAAAACGUCUUUCCUAACGACUCGGCUGUAAUUCAAAUCGACGAGCCCUUUGGCGAAGUUGCCAUGCAGAAUUUCGAGAAGAUGUCGAUUAUUGACGGGAAUUUUCAAGCUCCUGAGGCCUAUAUGGAGACAACCAUCGCGCACUGCUGCCAGUUGGCUCGUGAGGUCCUGGCCGAGCACGACCUGAAACUGGGGCAGGCCGACGGUAUCACAAAGCUAUGCUUGUUCCAGCCUCAUCUUCACAAGAAGGGCAUUAUGUUCACCUCUUUCAUCUUUUCAAUCGUUAUCUCCGAGAUGCUGGGUAUUGAAUAUCUUUGGUCGUCCGACUCUGACACCCUUAUCAUGCGUGAUUCUCUUCGCAGCACCAUUGAAACCAUUGCGGGAGAUGCCCACGUUGGAGGGGCCAGUUGCGGAUUGAUCGUACACAACGAAAAUGAUACCACGACUACUAAGCUCGGCAGUGUGGUCUACUGGUCGGAGUUAUAUCUCACACGCUCGACCUCGACGUCUUCUGGCACCAGUGAUUGCCAAAGUGGCCCUAGUUCCGCCUUUCGGGUAUCCGCUCUCCCAGCUGUGUUAUAUCCCUGGUAUACUCAGACCGUGCUGAGCCACCGAAUGGUGGUUAACGAGGACCGCCAUCUCACCACCAACCUACUCAUGCGCGGCUGGACUGUCACCUAUGUAUCCGACACGCUAGCUGCAACAGAUACCCCAACAACUCUGAGCCGGUGGAUCAUGCAACAGGUCCGCUGGAGCCGAGCAGGCCACAUUGAAUCCUUCCAACAACCAAAACUCUACCUCCUAACCAACCCGCUCUUCUUCUGGGCCGCUAUCAAGCGAGAAUUCGGUCCUCUUCUCGGCUUCCUAUACAUUCUAUACUACCUGUUCACCGGUCGUUGCUUCGCUUACUUCAACUGGUACGACGUGGGCAUCCGCAUCGCCUACACGCUCAUGUACAACUACACCCGCAACCCAGACCGGGGACCGAGUAAUUCAUGGCUGUGGAUUGUGCCUGGUCUCCUAUUCUACAAUAUUCCUUUGCCGAUGAUUCAUCUCUGGAGUUUGAUGACAGUUUUCCAAGACGGGUGGGGAACGUCCAUGCGCUCGACUUCGGAACUGUCGAGGCGUGGACAGGCUUGGAAGCGGUGGAAUGAUCUAGGCUUCUUUGUUGUGUGGAUGGGUAUUGUUGGUGGUACGGCGGCGAGAAUGGCGGCCCAUAUGGCUGGGUGGGAUGAUCGCAGCAUUUACCAGGCCAUAUUUUGGGGGAUAGUGAUUCCAUCGGCGGUGUCGUUUUAUGGUCUCGUCGUUCGCGGAUGAGAUCACG